CAAAUCAUUUCGGCCGCUGCGUCGCGUUGGGAGCAGUAUUCUGCUGCGUCCCGACAAGCGGAAAGAAGAGGCGGGGGAGGGAGGUAGAAAGGGGGAGGAAAGGACGGGAGGGAGAGGAGCAGGGCGAGCAGCCAGAGAACACAGGGAGGGAGGUAGAGAGGCGGAGGCGGAGGAGGAGGGGGAGUAGGGAGAAGGCGAAGAGGAGGAACCAAAUCUCGGAGGUGAACAGAGAGAUUUCUUUGGCGGAGGAAGGAGGAGGUUAGAGGUAGCCCAAUAGAUCUGCUGCUGUUGGGGGAGUUGAUGCAAAGCUGAGUUGCUGCACGUUGGAUUCCUUCAGAGAUGGCUUCAGCUGGUGUAGCCCCUUCUGGGUUCAAGAACAGCAGCAGCGCCAGCAUUGGUGUGGAGAAGUUGCAAGAUCAGAUGAACGAGAUAAAGAUUAGAGAUGAUAAGGAAGUUGAAGCAACCAUAAUUAAUGGGAAAGGGACUGAAACUGGGCACAUAAUUGUCACGACUACUGGUGGCAAGAAUGGUCAACCAAAACAGACAGUGAGCUACAUGGCUGAGCGCAUUGUAGGUCAAGGUUCUUUUGGGAUUGUCUUCCAGGCUAAGUGUUUGGAGACGGGUGAGACUGUUGCGAUAAAGAAGGUUCUUCAGGAUAAGCGUUACAAGAACCGUGAGCUGCAGACCAUGCGCCUUCUUGACCACCCUAAUGUUGUUGCUUUGAAGCAUUGCUUCUUUUCAACAACUGAGAAGGAUGAGCUUUAUCUAAACUUGGUCCUUGAGUAUGUGCCAGAGACAGUUCAUCGAGUUGUGAAGCAUCACAACAAGAUGAACCAACGCAUGCCACUUAUUUAUGUGAAGCUGUAUAUGUACCAGAUAUGUAGGGCAUUGGCUUACAUUCAUGGUACUAUCGGUGUCUGCCACAGAGAUAUUAAGCCACAAAAUCUUCUGGUGAACCCACACACCCACCAGCUUAAACUAUGUGACUUUGGUAGUGCAAAAGUUCUGGUCAAGGGGGAACCAAACAUAUCGUACAUCUGCUCCCGAUACUAUAGGGCUCCCGAGCUCAUAUUUGGUGCUACUGAGUAUACCACAGCGAUUGACAUUUGGUCUGCUGGAUGUGUUCUUGCUGAGCUUAUGCUAGGGCAGCCUCUGUUUCCGGGUGAAAGUGGCGUGGACCAACUUGUUGAAAUCAUCAAGGUCCUUGGUACUCCAACAAGGGAAGAGAUUAAAUGCAUGAACCCGAAUUACACAGAGUUUAAGUUCCCACAAAUCAAAGCACACCCAUGGCACAAGGUAUUCCACAAAAGGAUGCCGCCAGAAGCUGUUGAUCUGGUCUCUCGGCUACUCCAGUACUCCCCAAAUCUGAGAUGCACUGCUGUGGAGGCACUUGUUCACCCAUUCUUUGAUGAGCUUCGAGAUCCUAAUACCCGCCUUCCAAAUGGCCGCUUUUUGCCACCCCUUUUCAAUUUCAAGGCUCACGAAUUGAAAGGAGUCCCAGCAGACAUUGUUGCGAAAUUGAUUCCAGAACAUGCAAAGAAGCAAUGCUCCUAUGUCGGAUUGUGAAAUGGCUGUGCCUUGAGACUGAACCUAUGGUUGCAAUUGUGCAUUUCCCCUGGGAUGUUGGAUGAUCUGAGGCAUGCGAGCCCGUCGUUGAAGAUGCAAGGUUAUCUACUUGUACGACAAUGUGACCUGUGUAGCUGAGUAGUCUAUGUCGCAGUGACAUGUAACGGCACCCCCUUCCUACUAACUGACGCUUACUGGAGAUUGCCAUAGCUGAUCUUGUAAUUUGUUAUAGAGCAGUAUGAAUGUAUUUAUGGUAGCUUGAAUCUAUGUAUGGAUUCACUUCGUUUUUUCAUGUUUCCUUGUCUCCGACCCAGACUGCUACCGUAUUUUGUUUCAGAAUUCCUAGCUACCUGUUGUCUAGUGCCUA